UGUUCUGUUCGUUUGAAUUUACAGAUGGGCUGUGGAAAAUCCCAAUUAGCUGAGGCUAAUGCAGACGAAGAGCUACCGCAAGAAGGGCAUUGGGACUUAGAACAUGGACUCGAUACUUUGAACAUACCUAUGAAUUUACCACAUUACCCCUCACCCCAUGUUGGAGCAGAAUUUGACCUAUCGGAAUACGACUUCAAUAUAGUAGAUAGCCACGCCCUUAUGGCACCUGCUGGUCUAGUGAUUAGUUACGAGAAACUGUGUAAAUACCUUGUGAAGCCAGAGUUCGACGAAAUAGAAAUAGUCCGAUCAUUUGUAGUGUGGAUUAGUUGUCAGAAAAUCCGUACAAGGCUGUACCCUGGGUCGCCAUCACCACAAACCCCUUUAGGAUAUAUGAAAAUGAUAAAAAGUAAAACUGGAACCUUUUCUGCAUUGCUUACUCAAAUGUGUAGGCAGGUAAAUAUACCUUGUGUGAUUGUAAGAGGAAUAUACAAAUCGUCACAUUUCGCGCCGUCCAGGAUUGAUCCAGUGGAUUUCCAAUGUACGUGGUGUGCAGUAUGUCUAGAUGGGGACUGGGGGUUCGUUCAUCCGUUUUUGAUUUGCACUCCUUCACCAAGACGCGUUGAAAAUUCUUGGGCAUCAAUUGAGGAUGGUGGUAACUUCAUUCCUGGACCACGACCUUGGUCAGAAGACUGGAAUACAGUUGACCCCUUGAGAGUGGCUUUCCUUCCAAACACAAAUAAAUUCAAGCCAAGGAAAAAGACAAAAAUAGGAAACAAACGAAUCGUAAAAUCUGCAACUCCUGCUCCUUCAAGGGCUCUGAAAAGAAGAAAGGUUCGAGCAGAAGGGAACCCCGAUCUUGUUCUAGAUACUGGGAUGUACACUAAACUUCUCAAAAUUGACGACGAGGCAGAUGAAGAAACAGAACCUCAAGACAUUAUUUUUGUUCGAAGGACUAAACGCGUCUUUAAUGAAACAUUUUUCUUAAUAGAACCACGGGAAAUUAUAUUGCAUUGCUUUCCUGAUCUUCGAGAAUGGCAGUUACUCCAAAAACCAGUGGAAAUAAAAAGAUUUUUAGAGUAUCCGCAUAUAAGUGUUGCCUACCAUGAAAUUGGGUUCUGUAAUCCGGCUGAUCAGAUCACGAAAUACGUCAGCAGAGACGGAAUUCUUACUUUCAAACUAAAAAAUAAAAUCAAGGCAAAUCAACGCACAAUGAAGCUUGGAUAUGAACUAACACAGCUUGGUGGUAGAAAAACGCCCAGUUUUGAAGGAUCUUUUGUGCUUCUUUACCAAGACUAUGACAUAUGGACAGUUCAUUUAAGAUGUCCAACUAAAGGAUUUUUUCGUUUAGUCAUAUUUGCAACUGCUAAAACGAACGAUUACUCAAAGUGGAUUGUUGAUACAGAAAUAGAAUGUUUAGAAGUAAGAAGAUACUGCACAUCUAUUCCAAUUCACCCGGGUAGUACAGGUUGGGGUCCGCAGGCUCUGUCAGAAUCGUUAGGUCUCUACCUACCUUCACAUGAAGUAGGGGUUAUACCAAUGUAUCAAAAAGAAGAUUAUGUUGUUAAAUUUAUCCUACUUCGCCACAUCGACAUGAAAUGUGAACUGACACACAGUGACCUUGACAAGAAAGACGUAGCAAAGCAGCUGUCAUAUAGCCUUACUAAUAGAGAACUGGAUUUUAAAGUGAGUGCUCUAAAUGAGGGGGACUACGUCCUAAGUAUAUACGUCUUCAACAAUCAAUUCAACGAAUACGUUAAUGCUGUCAACUACCUCUUUACAGACAAGGAUCUCAAGAGUUCAAUCGGGAAGUUACAAAGAGAGCCAGUACCAAUAAAAAAGGCCAAAUAUCGACUGAAAGCGGCUUGUAUAGGAGAUAACGUUGAGGAGUUAGAAGAUGCUAUCCAAAGUGUUCUAAAAGAAAUGCCCACAGAAGAUGAGGAUGUCAGAAGAGGUAAAAAGAGACUGGCAUUCAUUCGACUAAGGAGAGACUUGCGAGAUGGAAUCAAUAGAAGACACAUUAAAACAUUAGGCAGAGCUGUAGUAGCAGCUAAGAAGAGUAGGUUUGCCAGACUCCUUAAACCAAACACGGAUGCAGCAGAGGACUUGAAGGCUCACUUAGAAACAUUAGAAAUGUUUUCACAUGAUGUGUUAGAACUGAAACAAUGGACUAUAUCAGAAAUAGAAAACUAUGCACAUCCGCCAAAAGGGGUAGUCAACACAAUGCAGGCAACUUACAUAUUACUGGGAGAAACUCCAAAAUAUCUCAAAGAAUGGGGUAAUAUUCAACAUUUACUUAGAAAGCAGCACGACAACAGCAUUAUAAUCCGUAUAAAGAACUACACAGGAUCUAUCGCACCAGAUGUCAUACAGCUUGCUGCAAGGAAGUUACGGGGAGUGGAUGUAAUGGAAGUCAAACAUGCAAGUGCUGGGGCCGCCACAUUCUACCAAUGGGCAAGGAAUGUAUUAGAUGAAAUGGAAGAGGGAACCUUUUCACCAAGAAAAAUGUCACAAAACUUUGAUUCCUUGUUGACAGCUAGAGACAGAUAUAUGUUAAACGGCAGAACAAAUUACAAAUAGAAUCUCUUAAUCUUCACUGUUCAAUUCAUUUACAAAUAAUUUACAAAUUGCUUAUUUCAGUGAAAAUGAUGGGUU